AGCAAGGAUGAUGAGGAUGCCUACGUUUCCAUGCUACGAAAGUGCAUUGAUGCCUCAAAUUUGAGAAAUGCAAAGGCAAUCCAUGCAAAAAUCUUCAAAGGGGAUAUUUGUGGUUCCUCAUGGCUCUUUCUGGGCAACCAUCUGAUCAAUGCGUAUGCAAAAUGUGGUGAAACUUGUGAUGCUCUUCAACUGUUUGAUGAAAUGCCCCAGAAGAAUGUGGUUUCUUGGACAGCCCUCAUUGCAGGCUUUGAGCAAAAGGGUUUGUCUGCGGAGUCUUUUUCUCUGUUUAAGCAAAUGGGUGCGAGUGGAAUGAGGGCGAAUGAGUUUACCUUGGUCAGUGCUCUCCAUGCCUGCAGUGCUGCGGAUUUUCUGGGUGUAGUACAUGUUUAUCAAGUUUAUGGUUUGAUAAUCAGGCUUGGAUUCGAGUCUAAUGUUCACUUACUGAAUGCUUUUUUGGUGGCAUUGAUGAGGCAUUGCAGAUUGAGUGAAGCUUUCGAGGUGUUUGAGGAGAGUCAUCAUAGGGACAUUGUCAGUUGGAAUACUAUAAUAGGUGGUUACUUGCAGCUUUCUUGCAGGGAAAUUCCGGGCUUUUGGGUUAGAAUGAUUUCAGAAGGCAUAGUUCCGGAUGGAUUUACCUUUGCCAGUGUACUAACAGGGUUGGCUGAUCUUUUGGAUUUUGAAAUGGGAGUUCAAGUACAUGGGAAGCUUGUGAAGUCUGGUCAUGGAAGUGAGAUGUGUGUUGGGAAUGCCUUGGUUGAUAUGUACCUAAAAAAUCGGAAAUUGGUUGAGGGCUUUAAAGCAUUUGAGGAGAUUCCUUUACUUGAUGUGUCCUCUUGGACUCAGAUGGCUAUAGGUUGUUUAAACUGUGGGGAGCCUAAUGUGGCACUUAAGGUUAUCGGAGAAAUGAGGAGGAAGGGUGUCAAGCCAAAUAAGUUUACUCUUGCAACAGCAUUCAAUGUGUGCGCCAAUUUAACGUCUUUGGAGGAGGGUGAAAAAAUUCAUGGCCUGAGGAUUAAACUUGGGCAUGACGUGGAUGUAUGUGUAGAAAAUGCUUUACUUGAUAUGUAUGCAAAAUGUGGAUGCAUGAGUAGUGCACUUAAGGUUUUCCGAUCAAUGGAUGAAUGGUCAGUUGUCUCAUGGACAACUAUGGUUAUGGGGUUUGCACAGAAUGGCUGUGCUAAAGAAGCUCUUGAAAUUUUUGAUGAGAUGAGGCUGAAAAGAGUGGAGCCUAACUGCAUUACUUUUAUAUGUGCACUUUAUGCAUGUAGCCAAGGAGGAUUUGUUAACGAGGGAUGGAGUUAUUUCUCUUCAAUGAGCUCUCAGUAUGGUAUUGACCCUGGAGAAGAUCACUAUGCCUGUAUGGUAAGCCUUCUUGGCCGAUCAGGGUGUAUUAAAGAAGCUGAAGAGUUGAUCCAUGGCAUGCCGUUCAAACCAAGUCUGCUGAUUUGGCAAACAUUGCUUGGUGCUUGUCGGCUUCAUGGGGAUAAUGAAACUGCAAAACGUGCAGCAGAACAUGCAUUGCAUCUUGAUAAAACUGAUCCUUCAGCUUAUGUACUGUUAUCUAAUACAUUUGCCAGUUCAAAUAACUGGGACAGUGUUGGAAUAUUGAGAGAAGUAAUGGAAAAUCAGGAUGUGAAGAAAAUGCCUGGGUCCAGUUGGAUUGAACUAGACAGAAAUGAGUCAGUAACUAAAAGUCAUAGGGUAUCAAUAUGAGAAGAAAUUGGGAGAAAAGAACAUAUAGCAGCAGAAUGAGAUUUCUGUCCAUCAUCAGCAUCAGAAUGAAAGUUCUACUCUUCAUCUAUUUGAAGAAUUAAGGGAUCAGAGGUUUAUUAGGACACUUUCUAUAUGGUAUUACCAUAUCGAAGGAUAAGUGGCAGCAAUAGCC